UCCCCAAACACAGACAGGAGUUCACCUCCGGCAGAGUUGUUUUCCAGCUCCCGCAGGACGGGAGUGAGCUCGCUGCAGGGCACACCUCCCUCGCCAGCAUGCAGCGCCUCACCUCUGCCAGCCGGGCCGCCCUGCUCCUCUGCCUGGCCUGCGCCUCCGUCCGCUGGGCUCGCUGGGCAGAAGCCGGCAGCAGCAACAGCUCAGCCUUGACCGUCCACCGCCCAGACGCCGGGACCCUGGCGGAGUGCCCCAACGUCGACUUCUGCCCGCUGGCAGCCCGGUGCUGCCACGCCGGAGUGGACGAGCACGGCUGGAUCGCGGCGGCCGUUGGUUGGAGUCUCUGGUUUCUCACCCUCAUCCUGCUCUGCGUGGACAAACUGAUGAAGCUAACUCCAGAGGAGCCCAAGGACCUGCCAGUGUGAGACUGGGACUCCUGCCCCAGGAACGGAGAUCGCCACCAACGUUUGGAUAUCGGGCAGGGGACUAGAGCUAACGCGGCUUCUACGAUCUCAAAGUCAUUUUCGCCUUUAAGCUGCAGUUACUUUUAGAAGGAAAGGGAGGCCGGGCGUGGUGGCUCACACCUGUAAUCCUAGCACUCUGGGAGGCCGAGGCGGGUGGAUCGCUCGAGGUCAGG